AUGUUAGGAGAAGAAGGAAAAGAGAUGAAACCACCUUCCAUUAGGAGAACCUAUUCACGUUCAGCUUCAUGGACAGAUCGUUCUCCGAAUAGCCGGAAACCGCCACGUCCAUGUUUACCACCUCUUCAACCUCUUUCAAUCAAUAAACGUAGCGUUGAGGAAUGGCCAAGUGCUGGAUCUGAUGAUCUUGGUGUUUGGCCACUUCCACAAACUCCAAGAGGGUCUAUGUCCAUCGCAAAAACCAAUGAACCCGUGCAAGAUUUUCAGUUUAAAAGAGAUAAAUUGGCUUUCUUUGACAAAGAGUGUUCUAGAAUUGCCGAACAUAUUUACUUAGGAAGUGACACGGUGGCGAAAAACCAUGAGCUUCUUAGACAGAAAGGAAUAACACAUGUGCUUAACUGUGUUGGAUUUGUUUGUCCUGAAUAUUUCAAAAGUGAUUUUGUGUAUAAAACACUUUGGUUGCAGGACAGUCCUACAGAGGAUAUAACGUGUGUUCUCUAUGAUGUGUUUGAUUACUUUGAGGAUGUUAGAGAACAAGGUGGUCGCGUUCUUGUUCAUUGUUGUCAAGGGGUUUCUCGAUCGACGGCUUUGGUGAUUGCUUAUCUCAUGUGGAGGAAAGGACAGAGCUUUGAAGAUGCUUUUCAGUUUGUGAAGACUGCGAGGGGAGUAACAAAUCCCAACAUGGGUUUUGCUUGUCAACUCUUGCAGUGUCAGAAACGUGUACAUGCUAUGCCUGCAAGUCCUAAUUCUAUUCUAAGGAUGUAUCGAAUGGCUCCUCAUUCGCCUUAUGACCCUCUUCAUCUUGUCCCUAAGAUGGUUAACCAACCGGGUUCGCUAGCACUUGAUUCUCGUGGUGCUUUCAUUGUUCACGUUCCUUCUGCUAUUUAUGUAUGGAUUGGAAAAAGUUGUAACUUGUUCAUGUCAUGCAAUGCAAAGAGUGCGGCUUUUCAGGUUGUACGCUAUGAAAGGGCAAAUGGUCCGAUUCUGAGUAUCCGUGAAGAUCAAGAAUCAACUGAGUUUUGGGCUGCUCUUUCUGAUGAACAACGUUUAUCAGAUGAUUCUAAUAAGCAGCUGGUUUUGCCUACUGACAAGAUGGAGAUUGGUGUAAGAAAAGUCGAUGCUUAUGAUUUGGAUUAUGAGAUUUUUCACAAGGCGAUUUCUGGUGGGGUUGUUCCACCUUUUUCUGAAACGAGUGCUGGAUCAGAAACUUGUCUUCCUGCUAGAGAACAUGGCUGGGCAAGAUUGAGGCGGAAGUUUGCUAGUGGUGUCAUGAAAGAAAUCUUAACAUCUCCCAAAUGGAAGUGUGAUGUGAUUAUGGAGGAAGAAAAACAAGAUUUUGUAGCUGAUGAUGAUCCCUUGUCUGUGUCACUGUCAUCAAACCAUCCCAGUGAGUGUGGCUCCCCGGAUUCCUUUGAAUGUUAUCUAUCCAGCUUGGACAGAGGAAAAGAUACUGUUGAAGCCAUGGACUUGUCUGAAUCUGAUCCUGGUGUUUCUUCUUUGCCGCCACUAUCUCCCUGUGGCGGUUAUUUUCCUUGUGGUUUUCUAUGCAGCAGCCCAAAAUUCAAUUCCAAGUCGCCAACACUUUCGCCUUCAAGUUCUGAUUACGCGAGUUCGUUUACAUUUUCGCCUUCCUCUACCAAUUGGUCUGACUUGUCGUUCGUGUCUUCUCAGCAGCCAUCACCGUCUGGCCAGGAAUCAAUUGAACCUUUGUAUGUUAAAGAUCUGUCUUUCUCAACAAGUUCCUCUUUACUUAAGAAAGAAGUUCUUCUAUCUUCACCUUCAGAGUCAUUUUCGACUGAUCAUGCCUUGGGAGGGGAAAAUUCAUAUUUGCCAUCAAAAGGAUCUUUUCUCUCUAUUGCACAGCGUAGAGGGAGUAAUAUACCGCCUCGGAUGUUGCUACCCUCUGUCAAUGAAUCCUCUAAAGUCCACAAGAACCUGGAGGAAUACACCUACUAA